CUUUGCAGUUAUUUUCUUAGUACAAAAAAAUAUUUAAGCUACUAAAAUUCUUUGAAAUGACCAAAAUUCCUGUCACUAAAAGAUAUAAAUCUACACUUAAGUGGGUAGCAACGUCGCACGUUGGGUACAUUCAAACCUGCCUGUGAAAUGAUUUGCAUAGAAAGCCUCUCGGUUGCACUCUGACUAAAACGAUAGAUUACAUAGAAGUAGAUAUAAAUAGAAUAUUUUCAACCUUAACUGAGGAAGCAUCUACAACUCCAAAAAACGGAUUGUCUCAGAGUCCUAAGGAAGAUAGACGUUGCUAGUUUAAGUUUAUUCCUGGUGUUCACUCUUUCAGAGAACAUUUUUUGGGAGUUCAGUACUGUAUGCUAGCAUAGAUGGAUUCAAAGAAAUGCAGAAAUCGAUGGAAUUACCUGAUUGAAAAAAAAAACCCACGUUCCCAUUCACUGUGAGGUUCCAUGAAUAACGGACAUGUAGAAAAUGUUGGCACAUAAGUAGCUUACAUUUCUGGAAAGUCAAACACGCUAAAGCAGUUCUCUAGAAGUUUGGGUAUUUUUGGUGGUAAAAACGCCAGAAUAUCAUCCGUUCAAAUAAAGCUAUUCCCGCCGUUGCCGAUGAGCUUCCCUUUCUUUUUCAGUUUCUUCAGAAGGCAGGAAGCGAUGCCGAGGGCGCCGCCCUUCAAGAAGCGAACAAAGUUGUCUCCCACCAACGGACCCAUGGCGAACAGACCGGGUUCCUUGGUGCACUCAAAGGUGUAGGGGUGGAUGUCGAUGGGGUUCUGCUUGCAGGAGAUGGGCUUUGUCGGAUCGAGGCCUAGAUACUGGCCCUGCCCCUUCAAGAAAAACAAAUUGGGGUUGGUUCCAAUCAGCACCAGAGCCAUGGAUAUCUUGAAGGCCUUCAGGGAAUUGUUCCCCUGCAGAAGACACUUCAUGUCCGACUGGAAGGACACCACGCAGUGUCCGGGGAAACUGGUGUAGUCUGGAAAGAGGCCGGCGUUAGCGGCCAUGUUCGCCGCGGUCAACUGCGUCUUGGGGCACAUUUUGGCGCACACCGAAGAAGCAAUGCUCAUGGUCUGAUUUGGACCAGACGAGGGUGCAACCGUUGCGUAGGUCUGAGAGCACAUCAUGUUGUAGACUUUGUGGUACUCUGGGUACAAAGUCUUGGGCAGCUGUUUGAAGAUGAGGUCAGAGUCGUCUACGUUUUUCCUGAAGACGUGCAACACUCUGAUGUUGCUGUUGCAAGCGCACAGAACCGCGUCUGCGGCGCUUAAACCGGCGCCCAUGACUAAUACCGGAUCUGAGUUUGUAUCGAGCUUGCGCAGGUUUAAAGCCAAGCCCAGGUCUGCGAUGCUGUGGAACACAAAGGGCAGGUCCUCCCCUUCCACAUUUAAUCGAACCGGCGAAUCGGAUGCACCUGUGGCCAGAACUACAUUCUCAGCAAACAGAGAGAAGGGGACAUGGGUGUUGUUCUGCACCUGCUGGUAUCCCCGUACCUCCCAGAGAGACCCCGAUCCUCCAUCGCCAUUUGACUCAAAGCUUUCAUCCUGACCGUCAUCCGCUCUUUCGCCUCCGAGAUUUUCCAGACCUUCCAUCUUGUGCGCACGGCAGAGUCUUUGGACCGAUGUCACGUACGUGUUGUCAACAAAAUUAUUUUGGAGGCCUUGUAACGUCACGUAGUUUCGGUAAUAGGAUGAGAUCUCCUCGGGGGUGGCCCUGUCGCUGGUGGGAUCCCUUGGAAGAAGAGAGGGACAAUGGGCAAAGAGGCGGCACCAAACAAAGGCUACGGGUUCUUUUCGGUACCUUCGUUUUUCGCUGAUCAAGUCCCGGUAGUUGACGCCAGGGAGUUCCAUCCAGAUGCCGAGACUUAUUGUGAGCAUGGAGCCUUCCAUAGCCUGGAGAAGAACCAAAAUGAAGAUCCAAAAGAACGACUUGAGUUCAAAGUUUAUACAGUGGAACCCGAUUAGUGUCUUAACUCGUCUUAAGUGGACCAACUGAUCAAAUCCUGGUCCCGACACGUUCUUACAACUCAAGAAAACAUUGGUCAACAUAAAAUAUGAGAUCUGAAGGGUUCCUGUCUAUGAAACCGCUGUGGGUUGAAAGUUUUGGUUCCGUCGACGUGGAUCCGGCAGUCCGCGGGCGGUCUACUUCCUGUUCCACCAUGUAAGGAAACUUACAUGCCAGGCUCCUCCGGGCGUCGCCUUCCCUAAGACCAGAUGCGGGAUGUGUUGCUGCUUGUCCCUCCUCCACUGGAGCACGGGUGGGUACUCGUACCCAAAGUCGGCGUUGGGGUGGAGUAACGUGUCAAACAGCACGGCGACGGGGUUCGUGGACCUUCCCUCAAGACCUUCGCUCAAAUAUUCCAGAUCCUGCAGACAAUGAAUGAACACACGACUGACUUUUGGCGUCUUCUGCUACUCUAGUCCUUAGAAUCUGUUUCCCGAUCCUGGAUUUGUACCUGCUCAGUAAUGGGUAGGUGUUUGGUCUCCUGUAGUUUUCUGUAUAGUAUCGGGUUUGGGUGGACCGUCGCCGUGUCUAGGUAGGGCUUGUUGCCACUCAGUAGGUACGACAAACAAAUACCAGAUGGUCCAUUACCUGAACAUGGAAAGCGAUCAUCACAAAAGUUGACAAGGAAGGAUUACGAUGAACGAAGUCCCGAUCGGUGGUUACCUAUGAUGAUGACAGGAACUGUAGGUGGGUGCUCUUGUGGGUGUUGAUCGGUCUCUUCCAGAAGAGGCAUGGCUGGAGCCUGGGCCACUGCGAAGGAUGAGACAAAAGCUCCAUCCAUUUCGGUACCAGUCCAUUUGAUAUUUUACUACACAGCCACGAUUGUGCUUGGUGUUUUUUUUCCCCCUGACUGGCAGGUUCAAACUGGAUAGCUGUCUUUGUGUCCGCACGCCAAUAUUGUCCUUGUUGUCAUCUCAUGACCUAACCCCCCCCCCCCUUAUAUGGAAGUACCCCGCCACAAGAUAAAAUGCCCACCCUGCCAGAGCGCCCACACCCCCUAUCCCAUCCUAUCAAAGACCGCCUGAGGCCGGGCUAGCGUCUCUUUAACCCCCGGUGCCGCUUCCCACACAAAAGGCGCUUCUAAUCAGAUUUAUAUAGGCUGGCGUCUGUUAUGAAACAUUACUAUUGUGUUGGUGUGUUUUGGUGUGUUACACGACGGCGCCAUUGUGUGGCCACCGAGCAGCAAAUCCCCGCUGAUCACUCCUCCCAGUGGGCUCUAAUCCCACUGGGUCUGUUUAUGUCUUUACCGCCCGUUAGAACAGCAGCGGUAUAUGAAUGGGGUCCUGGCACCGUGACAGAUGCCAACGUCAUUGGUCCUAGCUCCUAGCGCCUAGCUCCUGGCCAUUUUAUGUGUGUGGUUUUGCCGCAUCGGGAGCUAAUGCUAACAACAUAUGCAGUGCCAUUGUGAAAAGUUCUGGGUAGACGAAACAUUGAAUGACUCUUGGUGACUCUAAAUUGAAUGAAUAUGAAUGUUGAGUGUGAAUGGUUGUUUGUCUAUAUCUGCCCUGUGAUUGGCUGACGACCAGUCCAUUGGCCGGCAACUCAAAAGUCAGCUGGGAUAGGCUCCAGCAUACCCCUCGUAUAGAAAUUGAAUAGAUGAAUAUUCUGUAUGUAUGCUAGCAGCCCCUCCACCCACCGAGACAAACAGACUGACAAAAGGUCUCACUCCCGUUCAUGCCGUUGUUCUAUGGAAUAAACACUAAGGUACUGAAACUGAUUGAACCAACCAAUUGGAACCAUAAAACAAAAAAAAAAACCUGUUGGACCCCGCCCACGGACUGGUACUGGGGCACUGCCCCAUCCGUGGUAGAAGUAGAAGAUGCCCUCUUGGCUCCUACUAUAAUAAGUGCAUCAUUGUACUACUUUUGUACUUUUUGGCAACAUUACUGCAUUUUAAAUGGUGAAAUCAGUCACCUUGGAGGCUAAUUAUUCCUAUUAUUGCAGCGUGUACCUGAAGUGACAAUAAAGUCAAUAGACUACCCUUAAAAAUACUGCAGACUUUACUUGAACAUCAUGUUCUCAGUAUGUUCAGUGUCAUGUAUUUCCAUUUCUAGCCUGUUGUCCCAGGCCUCGAUCUUUGCACCUUGUGUUGAUUUCCACGCUGCAUGCAACUAUAAGGAUGCUGCAUCCCACGCUGGCUCAAUUUUACACCACGCCGCUACAUCGUAGUAAGCCCGUUUCUCCAUCAUUGCAUCAUUCAGGUCAAAAGUCCCAUUCAAGGACAAGCGUUUCUUACCGCUUUGUGGAUUGCGUCUCUUCUUUCCUCCCCGUCGCGUCCUGUGAUCACGACCCACGGCGGCGUGUGUGUGCGAGUGCGCCGUAUAAAUAGGCUGAUGCUGGUGGGAGGACUUGUAGGGGAUGCGCACGACGGAUUCCGCGCACUUACAGCUGGUGAUCCGAGCCGAGGGAUGGAGCUCUUCUCCGUGUAAGAGAUGCGAGAGCAAAACCGGUGAGUGGAUACCCCCCACCCCCCCCCCAAACAUGCGCAUCUCGUUCUGAGCUGGCAAGUGUAGGCGCGUUCACGCAAGGUUAACACGCGCACUCUACACUCCACGUGGAAGCGAGCCUUGUGAAAGCCGGCGCGCCCCCGUAAACACGUGACAAGCCAAAACAACACAGUGCAAAUGAUAAUCUGCGCUUCGAUUUCGGUGUGUUGUAUCCGAUUAUGGAUGAAGCGGCCCUUGUAUCAAAAGUGCAUGUCUCCGGAUUAAUAAUGGCAAACCAGGAUUAAAUCACAUAUAGUUGAGACAAAAUCUCCGCAUACUCUCGUUUUCGCAAUUUAGUGAAACCGUGUAUAUUGUGUAACUGUCUCGGUUCUGUUUAUCAUCCGGAUACCUGUAUUUUUAAAACGUAAUUAAUGCAUUUACGACGGUCAUGUUGUGACUUGAAUGCACCACCUCAGCCAUUGGCUCGUCUCCCGCGGAUUGAUGCACGUCAAUGUCCACGUGAUGCGGAAGCAGUUCCGUCGCAUCAUGCAAACAAAACUGCACGGGUCGGUCUUCCAACCCAAGCUAACACGCAGCUACAUUGGCUUCUUAAAUGGCUUCUUAAACGGCUAAACUCUUCUAAACAUGGUUCAGCUGUGCAGUAUUUGUCUCCGGAAAUAUGGAAACUUUGUGGACAACGUCCGACUGUUUGUCCGUGCCGGCGCCGGCGGCAUGGGCUUGCCUCGCCUUGGGGGGCACGGAGGAAACGGUGGAGACGUUUGGGUGGUCGCCGCCGAGAAGAUGACGUUGAAAAAGAUCAGGGACAAGUACCCUCAAAAACGCUUUGUAGCCGACGUAGGAGCCAACAGCAGUGUGCGGUCCCUGAAAGGAGAGAAGGGGAAGGACAAAGAGAUUCUGGUUCCUGUGGGUGUCACAGUCACCACCGAUGAUGACAAGAUAAUUGGAGACCUGAAUGCGGAGGGUGAUCGUGUGAUGGUGGCCAAAGGAGGACACGGAGGGUCCUUGACCUCCGCCUUCCUGCCCAGCAAAGGCCAGUCAAGGCAGAUCAAGCUGGACCUCAAACUCAUCGCCGACAUGGGCAUGGUGGGGUUCCCGAAUGCGGGCAAAUCCUCCCUGCUGACGGUCUUGUCUAACGCCACGCCUCAGAUAGCCAGCUACGCCUUCACAACGUUGAAGCCCCAGAUUGGAAAAUUAUUCUACCAAGACCACAAGCAGAUCUCCGUAGCGGAUCUGCCGGGUUUGAUUGAGGGCGCUCACAUGAACAAAGGAAUGGGCCACAAGUUCCUCAAGCACGUGGAGAGAACCAAGCACCUCCUCUUUGUGGUAGAUGUUUGCGGCUUCCAGCUUGCGAGUCAAACGCCAUUCAGGUCGGCCUUUGAAGCCGUGCAGCUCCUCACCAAGGAGCUGGAGCUCUACAAGGAGGAGCUUGCGGGCAAACCGGCCCUGCUGGUGGUCAACAAGAUGGACCUCCCUGAUGCUGAGGAGAAACUGGCCGAGCUCAAAGAGCAGCUGCUAAACCCAAAAGACUUUAGCCGUACGUUGCUGCCCGCCGACAUGAUACCAAAGAAUCACAUGACGUUCAGGCAUGUGGUUCCCGUCUCUGCCGCCACCGGGUUCAGCGUGGAGCGCUUGAAAAGUCUGAUUCGGGAGUCGCUGGAGGAAGACGACAACAUGGCGACCGAGGCCUUCCGUCAGGAAAGACUGCAGCUGCUGAGGCAACGCUGAGUCCAGAGAGGCACUGUGUCUCGCCACCGAGAAGGACGUCAGGCCUCCUUGCAGUUCCCCCAGGCGUGGGGCGGGCGAGAUGUUGGAGCACAGCAGGUAACCGCAGUGAACGUCCCUGAGAGAUGGAGAUGGAGACGGAACUGAGAGCACAGCAGAGACGUUUGGGCGAGAGUCAAGAGAAGACAGACUGACUGUUUGUUACACUGGAUCCACGUGUCUUUGUCCCGCCCACAGUUGCCCUUCUCCGUGCCCUCAAUGUUGAGCUUCUCGUAGCAGAACUUGUCAGCCGCCGUGGCCUCUGGAGUAGACAAACACGUUGAAUGGAUAGACGUGUGUCAAUGGAGCAGUGAUGUUUACAGUGUAUGUCAAAGGCUAAAGACAUGCAUGUAGACAAAUGUAUACUGUACAUUGUGUGCGUAUAUGAUGGGACAUAGGGAUAUGUACUUGUACACAUCAUGCGUGUAUGUGAACGGACAUACAGGUGUUUGCAUUACACCAUAUGCACAUGCAAAAGGACAGAUAUUCACAUUAUGGGCGCAUACAAAUUGACAAAUCAAUGCUUAUAAUUUUAAGAAUUAUUAAGAAUGUAUGUGAAUUGGCAACCAAGUUGAAAUUAUGUAUGUGCGAAUGGACAGACAAAUACAUACACGUGGAGGUGACAAAAGUCACAUACAUUACGUGUAUAUGUAUGUGAAGGGUCAGAUAUUUACAUUUUGUGUGCAAAUAAAUGGACAAAUAGAUGCUUACAUUGUGUGUGUAUGAGAACGGACGUAUGCAUGUAUGCAUUAUAUACGCAUGCUUAUGCAAACUGACCUACAGAUGUUUAUACUACCAUUGCAAUUGAACGG